AUGUACAUUUGUUCUGUUCACAUCUAUCUAUCUAUCUAUCUAUCUAUCUAUCUAUCUCAGUCUGUUCAUAUCUAUCUAUCUAUCUCAGUCUGUUCAUAUCUAUCUAUCCAUCUAUCUCAGUCUGUUCAUAUCUAUCUAUCUAUCUCAGUCUGUUCAUAUCUAUCUAUCCAUCUAUCUAUCUAUCUAUCUAUGCCAGUCUUAUUAUCUACUAGCAACUGCGGAAUCAUUAUAUGUGUUCAUACUCCUGGGACGGGGGAUGCCGUCUUCCGCCCAGUUAGUUUCCCCAUUUCGUUUGGCGCCAGUGAAGAAGGAUGCGAAUUUGUCUUUUGUAUCAAGUCUCUUAGUUUUUGCUCGCUGAAAUACUAUGUGAAACAAAAGAAUAUUCAUUUACGAGAUUUUCCAGAGCUUCAGUUGCAAGGGGUACUAUGUCUCCCUAGUAAUAACGAAAACAAUAGUAGCAACAGAAAAACAACAAAUCCUCGGUCAAACAGCGAUGGUAUUUUUGGAAAAUACAGGCGAAUAGCUGUUAAGGAGGAAUUUUUUGAUAUCAUAAAUGAAAUCCACACACAAAAAGGAUCUGGUGAGCAUUUCGGACCAAGGAAAACUUUCAGAGAGGUGAGAAUCAUUGACAUCCAGGAACUGCUGAACCUUUCAUCUCCUCCAAGACGCUACACCUGCCUUGUCCACUACAUUGACCUGUGGUCCAAAUACAAUGUACUGUGGCCUUUAAAAAUACGGGACAUUGAUGAACUGGCCACUGGUAUAUCAAAGAAUGUAUUUGCCUAUUUUGGCUCCCCAAAACAGAUUAUUUAUGAUGCAAGCUUUGAGGAAGCCCACCGACUUGAGGAAUCUCUGAAGAAAUGGUCAAAACAAGUGAAAGUGAGCACCGGUCUGCAGGAACCAUUAGCCUCAUCAGGUCCUGUCCACUGGAAGAUUGUGGAUAAAUUAAAAGAACUUCUUGCUGAGUCUUGGGAAGAACAGCUAGGCAAAUUGCAGUAUCUCUCAACUGAGCACAAUGUAGAUUCUGUAAACAACAUCUCAUAUUCUUUGAUCCAAAAUUCAACUCCUGUCAUUUCUGACAUCUGUCACAUUAAUUUAAAUGAGACAGACACAAAUACACUGCCCUCUAAUCCACCAGACCCUGCAACUACUAUCAAUAUUGUAAAUGGUAACACUGCUUCUCUGACCAACACUGCCUCUAGUCCAUCUUUAGAUAAGACAACCACUCGUGAUUCAUCUGGCGACAACUGUCUGGACACCUCUAAUGAAGUUCCCCCUUACCAAAUGUUUCAUGGUUUUGUGCCAACCACUCCUGAUGUGUGCCAAAUUGAUUUGACAGAACAUGAAUCAGCUGCACCAAAUGCAUUGCCUGCUUUGAGUCAGUCUUCCACUAACCAUCUAAAUCCAGUUCCGAUUGCUUGUACUAUUAACAGAGCAGCAUUGGCUGCAAACAAGUCACAGACUAUGUUGGCUGUUGAUGAAACCAUUAAUCAUAAUUUUGCACCUCCUCCUCACCUCAGGCAACAACAGCCAUUUACCAAUGAAGGCUUUCCAAAUGAAUCAACCAACCUUCACAAAUUCGAAUUCCACUCAGAACUUACCUGCCUGCAAAAUGGAACCAAUGACUUGACAAAAAUCUCAUUUAGAACAUUUAAUUGGAAGCAAUAUACAAAAGAAUGA